GCCGACAAUGUCGCCAUGGACGCCGACGCCGUCUCGCUCCCUGCCGAAUCCGACGGCGACCUCAUCUCCAUGAGCAUCGACCCAGUAGACGCCGCCCACGCCGCGCCAGAAGCGCCCACCGAAGACGAGGCCAUGGUCGACGAGAGCGGAAAGCCCAAGUUCCCCGCCGCCAAGUCGAUACCCCUCGCCUUCCGCCGCGAGCAGCGCAAGGUGCCCAUUCCGCCGCACAGGAUGACUCCGCUCAAGAACGAAUGGCCCAAGAUUUACCCUCCGCUGGUCGAGCAUCUGAAGCUGCAAGUGCGCAUGAAUAUCAAAAGCAAGAGCGUCGAGCUCCGCACCUCUGGCGCCACAACCGACACGGGCGCUCUCCAGAAGGGAGAAGACUUUGUCAAGGCAUUCACUCUUGGCUUCGACACAGACGAUGCCAUUGCGCUACUGAGGCUAGACGACUUGUACAUUGAGACGUUUGAAAUCAAGGAUGUAAAAUCACUUUCAGGCGAACAUCUCAGCAGAGCAAUCGGCCGUAUCGCCGGCAAAGACGGCAAGACCAAAUUCGCCAUUGAAAACGCCAGCAGAACAAGAGUCGUCCUCGCAGACCAGAAAAUCCACAUUCUCGGCGGCUUCAAGAACAUCCACAUUGCUCGCGAAUCCAUUGUCAGUUUGAUUCUCGGUCAGGACCCAAGCAAGGUAUACGGCAAUCUACGCACCGUUGCUGGAAGAAUGAAGGAGCGAUUCUAAGCACGCACUGUUUGAAUGCAUGAAAGAAAGCAUGUGGGCAUUUGCAGUACAACAAUGACAGCAAAAGAUGGUUAUAUCGGGCAUUUACACGGCGUUCAAGGUGAAAAAGGUAGGGAAACCGGGGUUUUUGCAAUGGCUCGAACAAAGUUGGAGUUACGCCAUACAUAUAUACAUCCAUCUGACAUGAACGUAUUUUUUUGUCGACGACGACGACGACAAUUGGAAACAACAACAAAUGAAUCAAUGGGUUUCGCGAGUUUCUUUUUUAUCGUUGCUCUGAUAUGGCUACAAAGGAAGAGAAAG